AUGUCUGACAGCGGCAGAGAUAACAAAGACGCCCCAGGUUCCCAUCCUGGAUCAACAUACAACCAUGGCGACGGUGGUGCUUGCGGGGGCACCGCCGGUCCUCACAAUAGCAAUAUAGUCAACAAGAUUGACUCCAGAUUAGAUUCGAAUCAGGAUCGCGAGAAGGUUGCUGCCAGCACUACUUUUAUGCCUCAAGCUGGAAAGCCUGCGGGGACUUACGACCCUAAGGCCGACAAACCUGACCAGAGGGUAGAUAAAGAUCCGGAUACCCGUCGCCGUGAGAAUGUGGCUGGCAGUAGUCGUUUCUACCCUCAGGCUGGAAAACCCGCAGGCAACUCAUCGCUUUGA